GCGGGCCUCGCCCAUCCGCCGCGCGCCCCUCCUCCCCAGUUUCUGCCACUGCCCAAGCCCCGCCUGUUUCUCGCCUCCACGGCCUGGUUCGUUCCCGCCCGAGCCCUCCCCUCUCUGAGCCCUUGCUACUUCUGCUGAAAGCUGAUGCUCCAUGUUUUCUCCCCAGCGAGCGGUAGCGGCAGUCUCGGGAGGAGCAGGUGAUGCCAUGGAGAGUGGAAAGCCUGCUCCAGUGCAGGUCGUCCUGGUUCAGAAGGACCAGCACUCCUUCGAGCUGGAAGAGAAAGCCCUGGCCAGCAUCCUCCUGCAGGACCACAUCCGGGACCUCGACGUGGUGGUGCUCUCGGUGGCUGGUGCCUUCCGAAAGGGCAAGUCCUUCUUUCUGGACUUCAUGCUCCGAUACUUGUAUUUCCAGAAAGAAGGUGGCCAUUCAAAUUGGUUAGGCGAUCCAGAAGAACCGUUAACCGGGUUUUCAUGGAGGGGGGGCUCUGACCCAGAAACUACUGGGAUUCAGAUCUGGAAUGAAGUUUUCACUGUGGAGAAGCCAGGCGGGAAGAAGGUUGCAGUUGUUCUGAUGGACACCCAGGGGGCAUUUGACAGCCAGUCCACUGUGAAGGACUGUGCUACCAUCUUUGCGCUGAGCACCAUGACCAGCUCUGUUCAGAUUUAUAAUUUAUCCCAGAACAUUCAGGAAGAUGAUCUUCAACAGCUACAGCUCUUCACAGAAUAUGGUCGUUUGGCAAUGGAUGAAAUUUUCCAAAAACCCUUUCAGACACUGAUGUUUUUGGUUCGAGACUGGAGUUUCCCUUAUGAAUACAACUAUGGACUACAGGGAGGAAUGUCAUUUUUGGAAAAGCGUCUACAGGUGAAGGAGCACCAGCACGAAGAAAUCCAGAACGUCCGGAACCACAUCCACUCCUGCUUCUCCAGCGUCUCCUGCUUCCUGCUGCCGCACCCCGGGCUGCAGGUGGCCACGAGCCCUGAGUUUGACGGGAAGUUGAAAGAUAUCGCCGGCGAAUUCAAAGAGCAGUUACAGGUACUGAUUCCAUAUAUAUUAAACCCCGCGAAUUUAAUGGAAAAGGAGAUCAAUGGCUCAAAAGUCACCUGCCGAGGGCUGUUGGAGUAUUUUAAGGCAUACAUUAAAAUUUACCAAGGAGAAGAUCUGCCUCACCCCAAGUCCAUGCUUCAGGCCACCGCCGAAGCCAACAAUUUAGCAGCUGCAGCCUCUGCCAAGGACAUUUAUUACAACAACAUGGAAGAGGUGUGUGGCGGGGAGAAGCCAUAUUUGUCUCCAGACAUUCUAGAGGAGAAGCACGGUGAAUUCAGACAGCUUGCUCUGGACCAUUUUAAGAAGACCAAGAAGAUGGGAGGGAAGGAGUUCAGCCUCCGCUACCAGCAGGAGCUGGAGGAGGAAAUCAGGGAACUGUACGAGAACUUCUGCAAGCACAAUGGCAGCAAGAACAUCUUCAGCACCUUCCGCACCCCCGCCGUGCUAUUCACGGGCAUCGUGGCUUUGUACGUGGCCUCGGGCCUCACCGGCUUCGUCGGGCUGGAGGUUGUGGCCCAGCUGUUCAACUGCAUGGUGGGACUGCUGUUGAUCGCGCUCCUCACCUGGGGCUACAUCAGGUACUCUGGUCAGUACCGGGAGCUGGGCGGCGCCAUCGAUUCUGGAGCAGCGUUUGUGCUAGAGCAGGCCACUUCUCACAUUGGCAAUUCCACUCAGGCUGCUGUGAGGGAUGCGGUUGCCGGAAGACACCUCACGGAUAAAAAAGCUCAGUAGCAUCUUAGCAAGAGGAUUCGACACUCAGCGGACCGGCCCCUGCUGAUUUCUGGGUUUCUGCCGCAGCCACAGGUGCAGGCCCGGAGGGAUGCGGGUCUGGGACCAGCCAGGAGGAGCCGGAGCGUGGCGCCAAUAAAUGAACGGUCCUCUCCUGUGGUUUCAAAUUCUUGAACUCACUUCCGUUUCUGAUGGAAGCAUUUCUUUUCCUUUCUGGUGGCACAGAUCCAAGCCUGUGUCUGUUUUCUUACUGCUCUCUGCUUUGUGCACUUUAUGGGGGAAAGCUAAAGGAAAAAAUGGACAUGCAGUUCUAAGCCCUUUCUGUGCCGCUUUAGUGCCUUUGAAAAUGGAAUCCGCGCUUCUGUGGGCUUGACGGGGAGGGACGGAGGGGCGGACGGGGCAGCCUCAGGAGUGGUCCAGGUGCCGGUGAAACUUGUCCUUUCUUUUGUAUCUGGUCUAUUGAGAAGGAUUCCUUUUUGAAAAGUUUACAGAACUUGCAAAACCUUCAGAACUAAAGACUGAAAAUGAUGUCGUUACACCUUUAAAAUCUCAUAAUAUUAGACUCCUUUUUGCCACAUCGCGUGGGAAAAUCAUCCCAUUAAAUCUACCAUUCACUGACAUUUCCCUGACAAGCUGUCAGUUUUGUUGGAACAUCUUUUUUUUUGCCUUUAUUUCUAUCUCUUCUAGAGCAAACAUGCCUUGAAAAGUCAGAGAGGCUCAUAACAAAAGGAAUGAGCUUGAUGAUAUGAGGAAAAAGCUAGUGUUUCAAUGAACCACGUGACCUCUUGUAGUCACUUGAACUUGUGCCUUGGCCAGACUCACCGUAGGUCUACAUUCUUCUAUGUAUUAUGCGCGGUUCACACGUCUGUCAGUUGGAAGGUUUUGUUUUCGAGGAUACUGUGUAAGGUCGAAACUUGAUUGCAAAUUUGAGGAGAGACAUUUCCGAAUGCCACGCCCUGUUUCACAUGACUUAGCAGUAAAUUAGGUCUUUAUCCAGAAUGUUCAUUUGCAUUUUCCUGUGCACUGGUGAUUUUAAUAACGGGGCUAAAACUGUCCAUUUUGUUUUUAGUGAGUCUUUCUUUGUUUAACUUGACUUGACCUGUCUGCCGGCUUGAAAAUGGCUCUGGCUUAGUAAGGACCAAAGCCCUGUCCAAAUAAGGACACUGUCUAGAAGUAGCUGAGAAUUCUUUUGUUAACCUUGAUUGUGUGAUAAAAAUUUAUCUGUUAGUUGCCUUUUUCUUUGAUUUAUAAUGGUGAAAUAUUGUGGGUUUUAAAACUUCUAAAAUUUGCCUGCACGUAUUUAUAUAAACAGUCAGGUGUGUGAGCCUUAAUUCUGAAGAUAAUUUAAUUUUCGUGGGAGGGAGGGAGGAAUACUUAUGCAAAAUCCAAGUAAAUUCUGUGUAUGUGAAGUAUGAAUGGAAGGAAGGUGGGAAAAAGAAGGUUUCUUCUAGCAUGUGCUCUGUUAAAUAAUUUUUUGACUACUUUAACAGUUUACCAUGCAAGUAUUUUUAUAAGUCCUGAAUUAAUUCCAAGCAUUUUAUAUUUUUUCAUAUUUGCAUACCAUCUUGCCCUGAAGUUCUUGCUAUUUUAUUCACUUGUCGUUAAAUUUUUGAAAAAUUCCUAUUUGUUCUAAAAACUGUUUACCUGCAUAUUAAUGAUGCUUAGCUUUGACUGUUAAUCGAAAACUUACUUUUGAAAAUUUAGUGGAUUUCAGGUGGCCUCUCAUAUUCCUGGAGGUUCACGCUUAGUAGCUAAAAGCUUUACCUAUGUUAAUUAAAAACAAACCUGCAAAGUCUGUCGAGUUGAAGUGGAAAACAUCAGUGUGGUGGACGGUGUUUUGCUAGCACUGAAGUGCUGAUAGUGGGUUUAAUAAACCUGUGUUUCCGUGGUUUACUUUUUGCUUAAAAAAACCUUACAGAUGCUGAGAUACUUCACUUUGAAUGCAUUUUAUAAGUAUUUAUAGAUUUCAAAAUAAUUGUCUAGAUUGGUCCUACUUUUAAUGGUAAGAAAAGGAUGAUGUGUCGAAAAUAUUUUAAUACUAAAAUAAUAGGUUUUUUUUAAGUAAAAAACACAAUAAUGUGAGAUUCAAUGACAUCUUAGGAUUUAUUUACUCUUCAAAUUCACCAUUUCUGUUUUGAUCUUAAAGGAAUAAUUUGAUUUAAUGAUGCCAGGAAGCCUUAAUUUUUUUGGUCUUUAUUAACCAUUCUGUCUCUGAAAUGUGUUUAUAAGGUUUUCUCAGUGAGGAUUCUUCUGAGUUUUCUUUGGCCUCUUUCCUAACAGCGAACCCAUAAUUUUAUAUUGUCUUUUUCGGUGUGAGAUGCAUUCUCAUCAUCGUUGGCCUAAAACAGUCCUGGGGAGGCUUAUAACCUGGUGGAAGAGAAUGGCUUUUACCCCUUCCCCUCCCUUAGUCUUUAGUUUGUGGGUCGGGGAUGUCACUGGGGGUUCAGACUGUUCGCUGAGUGUGAUGCUCUGUCUGCCGCUCCGGCGGCCCCUCCACGCGGCCUUUUCCACUGCGCGUCCCUGACGGCGAGCGGACGCUCCUGUUAGCACGUGAAAGGAGGCUUCCAACAUUCUCUAGUGAAAACCCAUUUCAGGAGAGGUUACACGUUUUUUUAAAAAUACUUACAAUUAGCUUAGAGUAAAAAUGAUAGAAUGAGCAUGUUGAUUCUUUCACUGAGAGACCUUCCCAGAUCGGUGUGUGGACAAAAGGAGGGCGACUGCCCGUGGUCACGCUGGCGGCGCGGACGCGGCCCUUGUUUCCGCGGCCCUCGUGUCCACGGCCCUUGGAGCAACUGGCGGCUCCGGGCACGUCCGUGUCUGACGCGUGCUGUGCGUUUGCUGACGCUGCCUGUGAAUAUUGUUUUUGCUUUACCUGUUACCACUUCUUUUGCACAAAGUAAACUGCUUUGGGCAGACGGCCGAGCUGCCUGGCGUUGGCAGCGCGCUGCUUCGCAGUCACGCCACUGACAGUCGGCGGCAGCGGUAGUGCCCCGGCCUGGGCCGCGGGGUGUGCGCACAAGUUUGUGAGAAUUGUGGAGAAACCCAGUGAACUGAUCUAAGUUCGGGCAGAAGCGAGAAAAGGUUUUAGAUGUUUCCCAGAGGGUUUUUUUUUUUUUUUUUUUUGUAAAUAACUUACAUGGACCCUGGCUAGUAUGUCUCAGUGGAUUGAGUGCUGGCCUGUGAACCAAAGGGUCACUGGUUCAAUUCCCACUUAGGGCACAUGUCUGGAUUGCAGGCCAGGUUCCCAGUGGGGGCAUGCGAGAGGCAACCACACAUUGAUGUUUCUCUCCCGCUCUUCCUCCCUCCCUUCCACUCUCUAUAAAUAAGUAAAUAAAUAAAUAUUUUUAAAAAUAUAUAUAAUUUACAUGAAGUCUUCAUGAUACGUUUAUUUUUAAUCCCAUAGAACUGUUGAAAUUCAGAUAGGCCUGCAUCGUCCUGGCUUACAUUUAGAUCCCAUCGAGAUUUUAGCCAAGGGAAAGGGCAUAAUGAAGUUGAAGUUCAGUUACGAGAGUGCAGUCUGUCUGUGUAAGUGGUUUUUUAAAUGGCACUAAGGACCCCACUGUCAAAAACCACUUGUGAUUGGAGAGUUUUCUCAUGUUCAGUCACACUGAAGCUGUGUUUUGGGGAGUAGUCCUUUUGUACCUUGGGGUGCAUAAGACCGACCUGGGAUUCUGGUUUUAAAGAGUUCAAAUUCCCAGCUUCCUACUGAGCGAGGGGUUGCCCUCGUUGGUCUGGGCCGUGUCCCCGGAGUCCCCACUUCCAUACACAGUAUUGCAGGUGGUGCAGAGACCCCCCCGUGUGGUGGGAAAGUGCAGUUCGGUGCGGUCUGCAGGCCACUGGAGGCUCUUACGUGCGGUUCAGGUGAGGUGUCUGCCAGGCGCGCCCCCAGGGUUUGCUCCGUGCAGGGUGGCGGUAAAGGCGCCUGCAGUCGAGAGCAUUCGCCGAACCCCUUAAAGCUGUUUUUCAAAGUUGGGAUGUCAUAGUGCCUUCUCUGAAAAAUGAAUGUACAAAUAUUCUGUUUACUAGCAGGUAUAAUUAGGAUUAAACAAAACUAUUUUGAAAGUUGUGUUUCUUUUUUAAAAAACGAAAUUCAGCACUGUGACUUGACUCUCUGAGUCAUGCACAGAAAACCUUAAGCCAUAAAUAAGAAUAGUGAACAGAAAGGAAGGAGAGGAUUAUAACUUGGAAAGUUAGCGACAAAGGUAACCCACAUUAGGAACUUUCAAAACAGAUCUAGGGGCAGAAGCAUUUGAAAAAAUUUUUAUGUUCCAGAACUAAAAUUUGAAAGUAGUGUUAUUAAGACCAAGGGGAGGUUGACUUUGAUCCCCAAAGCUUUCCAAUUUGGAUGAAUAAACGCGUCAUGGACUAAAGCCCUAAAGGAGUUAAUGAUGAUCUUGAACAUACACUAUUUUUCUUCUCGGAUUUAAAAAAAAAUAAUUUGCCCUGGCCAGGUGGCUGAGUUGGCUAGAGCAUCAUCCUGAUACGCCAAGGUUGCAGGUUCGAUCCCCGGUCAGGGCACAUAUAAGAAUCAGCCAGUGAAUGUAUAAAGAAGUGGAACAACAAACUGAUGUCUCUGUCUUCCUCUCUCUCUAGAAUCAAUAAAUUUUUUAAAAUGACCUGUGAAAAACACUUUGUCCUAUACCCUUUAAAAUGGCUUUAAAAUUUGAUACACUUAAGAAGUGCGAUAGGAUGCGAUUAUGCUAUUAGUACAUUAAAAGCAUGUUUCUGUUUCUUAGUUAUAAGGUCAUUUAAUGGAAUAAAGAUCACAGCAUCAUG